GAGAAGAAACCCGCCGUGAAUCGCGCGUGCUGUGACACGUGAGAAGCCUCGCCCAUCGAAUCGAGGUGACGUCCAGAUAUUUCAGAGAGCGCGCUCGUUGUACAACGGCACAGUUAAAAGAAGAGAUCCGUCGGAAUUUGUAGACACUGUUUGGGUUUAGAGCGCUAACGAUGUCGUACACAAAGUUUGCAGCAUCUCUUAUACGGGCAAACCCGGCCAGUAUCAGUAAACUACGCAUCUCUCCAGCAAGAUGUCGGUCCACUGUCGCAUCCCCCAAGAGCCAGGAAGAGAAAGAGCAAGAUGUGGACACGUGCGCCAUGGUGGAUGCUGUGCCGGUUGAACUAAUCAGCCAGACCAAAAGUACUAGAAAACCGCAGUUGAAUAAAAUUAAUAUCGACUUCGACAACACACAGGAAGCCUACAAAAGCAAAAGUAACAUCGAGCUGCUCAGAAGUCUGCUCGUCUUCAAGCUUUGUACAAUUGACAUCCUCGUUGAAAAAAACAAAGAGUUGGUGGACAUGAGCAGGAAGCUGCUUGGUCAGCGCUUGUUUGAGAAGCUGAUGAAGAUGACCUUCUAUGGUCAGUUUGUGGCAGGUGAAGACCACAAUUCCAUCAAACCUUUAAUUCAGAAGAACCAGGCGUUUGGUGUGGGGGCAGUUUUGGACUACAGUGUGGAGGAAGACUUGACACAAGAGGAGGCAGAGAAAAAGGAAAUGGAUUCCUGUGUUUCUGAGGCAGAGAAAGAAAGUCCAGGGACUGACCAUCGUGAGAAGAAGUACAAGGCCCAUCGUCAGUUUGGGGACAGACGUGGGGGAGUCAUCAGUGCUCGCACCUACUUCUAUGCUGAUGAAGCCAAAUGCGACAACCAAAUGGAGACGUUUAUAAACUGCAUUAAAGCCUCUGGUGGAGCGUCCACUGAUGGAUUUUCUGCCAUUAAAAUGACUGCACUGGGACGCCCGCAGUUCCUUCUCCAGUUUUCAGAGGUUCUGGUUAAAUGGAGACGGUUUUUUAACUUCCUCGCAGCACAACAGGGAAAAUCUGACAUGACGGUUUUGGAACAAAAACUGGAACUGGAGCAGCUCAAGGAAAGUUUGGCUCAGCUGGGUGUUGGAGGCAAAGACGACAUUGAGAACUGGUUUACCGGAGAGAAGCUGGGUUUAUCAGGAACAAUAGAUCUGCUGGACUGGAACAGCUUGAUAAAUGAUACAACAAAAAUCUCCAAUCUGCUUAUGGUGCCAAAUCUUGAGACAGGUCAGCUGGAACCUUUGCUAAACAAAUUUACAGCAGAGGAAGAGAGACAGAUGAAGAGAAUGCUGCAGAGAGUGGACAUUCUGGCUAAGCAUGCUCUAGAGAACGGGGUAAGGUUGAUGGUGGAUGCCGAGCAGACAUACUUUCAACCAGCUAUCAGUCGACUGACCCUGGAGAUGCAGAGGAAAUUCAAUACAGAAAAACCAGUGAUUUUCAACACUUACCAGUGUUACCUCAAGGAAGCAUAUGACAACGUAACUGUGGAUGUUGAGCUGUCUCGAAGGGAAGGCUGGUACUUUGGAGCCAAACUUGUCCGUGGAGCUUAUAUGUACCAAGAGAGAGCCAGGGCUCAGGAAAUUGGCUAUGAAGAUCCAAUAAACCCAGACUAUGAAGCUACUAACAAGAUGUACCACAAAUGUUUGGAGUAUGUGCUGGAGGAAAUUGAACACAGCAGGACAGCAAAUGUCAUGGUUGCAUCUCACAACGAGGACACAGUAAAGUUCACUCUGGAGAAGAUGAAUAGAAUGGGUCUGUCUCCCACUGAGAAUAAGGUUUAUUUUGGACAGCUCCUCGGCAUGUGUGACCAGAUCAGCUUCCCACUAGGUCAAGCAGGUUUUCCAGUUUACAAGUAUGUUCCAUAUGGCCCUGUCAAUGAGGUGAUUCCAUAUCUGUCCCGCCGGGCACAAGAAAACCGUGGCUUCAUGAAGGGAUCCCAGAGAGAGCGCAGCUUGCUGCGGAAGGAGCUGAGACGAAGGCUGUUGGGUGGUCAGAUUUUCUACACGCCGGUCUACUGAGUGGCAGGGCCACGACAUAAGGACUGUAAUAUGUACCUAACCAUUCCACCAUAUCUAGUGCACCACUAUCUGCUAGCUGCUCUUUGUAGUGGAGGGUUGGUGUCUUGUAUUGAGGUUGCAGAGCUGCACUAUUUGCAAGAAAUGUAUUUAUGUUUUACUGACUGGCAUUUCAGGUGUAUGCUGCUUAUUGAAAGAUUUGUUUUGUUUUUAGAUGCUAUUGUAAUAAAGAGGUUUUAAAGCACUUUUAGACGACAUUACAGCAGUACAUGCACUUCUGCAAUAAGAGGUGAAUGAUAUAAUUUAGCUGUGUCUGAAUCUGUUUGUUUUAACAUACAAAAAUUGGGGCCUUUUUUUUUAAAUUAAAUUUACUAUUUAUGUCUCCAAAUCAUUGCUGGUUGUAGAAGAAGUGUGAAAGAAGAGAACAGUGUGUGUUUAAUGGCCAAAUGUGAUUUUGUUGUACGUAAAAGAUAUUUUGAUGUGUGAUUAUUCCAUUGACAUUCUUUGUAUGAUUUUUCAGAGUGAACUCUAGUGCCUUGAAAUUCUUUGACAGGAAUACCUGGAAACAAUCGACUACUUUAUUACCAGGUUGUUUUUUUGACUGUACACCACUCCAAGGGGCUCACAAUGUUUUAAUUAACAUGUUAAUUGUUGAUAUGCUGCAUGGUUGUGUUUGCUAGACAUUGUGCAUAAUAAUGAAACUGACAGUGGUUUAGGUUUUUUAGAUUUCUAAGCAUUUUUAUUUGUGUUUCUGGUUUUAAUCUAUGAUCUGUUCCAGUCAACAGUAAAUCCUGCAGGACUUUCUGAUUUCUCAAAGAGCAGAUGAAAUGGAAACUACUGUGCAUUGGAUAUUUACACACACACUAUGAUCAUUUCAGUGAUUAUUUAAAUCUCACUGCUUCAGUUGUUUACAAAUGCCUGAUGGUCCUAACAGAUUUCUAUGAAAUGAAAACUAUCUUAUAUUCAUCAAACUCAGAUUCAAUACCGGAAAAUAGGAACUUGUUCUAAAAUGUUCUGAAAACAUGGUGUGGUUUCUCCCAUCCUUUUCUUGGAAACUUCACCCAAUUUUUCCAAGAAACACCUGCGCCGCUGCAUAAUCUACCCAGUAUGUGAAACUAAAACCUCUUUGUUAGAUUCUUUUGUUUGUUUUUGGUUGUUGUCUUCUGAAAUGCUGUAACUGGUUGAAUCGUAAAAUGUAUUAAAAGUAAAUCCACUCCAAAAAUUGUAAAAUGCUUUUAACCUUAUUAACUGAUGUUUGAUUUCAACACACUCUGAGAAAUUAUAGUGCUCGAGUGAUAGAAAAGCAGUGUAGAGGUUAAAUUAUGUGGUACUAACAUUAGAAAGUUAGACAUUUAAUUCGGUUCUUGUUCGAGGUUUAAUUACAUUUAUACUGCAGCAACAGAUUACAGGAAUAGUUCAUUUAUUGUGGCUUUUGUCCAUAAAGGUUUUUGU